CUUUCACCUGUCCCCUGAGGCGGAGUAUGAGGCGCAAGCUCCAGAAACUUGAACUCGUCCAGAAAGUUUACACAGGAAAAAGAACAAGAGAGCGUGGUGUGAAGGAAAGAGAGGAGGCAAGAUCGCCACCGCCCAAGGCGGUUGUGGGAGACAGGGAGGGAUUUCCAACGAGGAAAUAGAAAAUCCGGAAAUUAGCAGGAACAACUUGUGCGAGAGGGACUUCUUUAAGGUUUCCCCUCCUUUUUCCAGCGGAGAAGCAUCAAUUCCCCUGCUGCUGCUUCCCUCCCUCGGUCCCCCCCACCUCGGUUUUCGACUAGGAAGCUACUUGACUUACACAAAGGGAAAAAUCGGCCGCGAUUUGUUCUCCGAAAAUGCCCACGACGCCCUAAGGAGACAGCUAAGUACAGUCCAUUCGCCCAAGAGAGUGACAACUUUCUGGGAAAGGAGCAUUCAAAGCACGGAAUUUGGGGUGGGGAUUGCUUUUGGUUGAAGCCCGUUUCCAUUCCUCUCAAACUUUUCUUUAAAAAGGGAAAAAAACGCAGGAAAGUUGUUCCCGAAUUUCUUUGGAACUCACUUCGAGCAACUUCGUGCCCCGAGAAUUUCCUCCAUACACCGCCGAGCCUUUGCCGACUCCUUUGGCGCGCGGGAUCAAAGGUCAUUUUCUUCUCGCAGCCCUCCUGGUGUGGACUGAAUCCCCCAACCCCGGUUCUUCCCCACCUAAUGGAAAGCGGCCUCCAUGGCUUUGAGCAAAGGUCUGAGGCUGCUGUGGAAGUCGGAACCCCACGCGAGCGCCCUGCUGGAGGCGCGCGGGAUCCAGGACUGCCUGCUGCUGGAAGCUGGCACAAUAGCCACCCUCACGCCUGAAGAAAAGGAAGAAAUUAAAGGGCAAUAUGAGAAACUCAUGGAUGCUUAUGGGUGCUUAGGAGAACUACAGCUAAAAUCUGGCAACAUCACUCUGCAUUUUCUGGUCUUUGUGACGGGCUGUACCUCAGUGGGGAAAAUCCUUGAUGCUGAAGUUUUCAAGAUCACAGCAACAGAAUUCUGUCCUCUCCAGGAAGAAACUAAGGAAGAGGAUCGUGUUUCUGCUUUGAAGAAAAUUCUGAAUUCUGGAGUGUUCUACUUCUCUUUGCCAAAUACAGGAUCAAACUUUGAUCUCACUGUCCGAGCCCAAAAACAAGGAGAUCACAACUAUCAAACUGGAAAUUCAUUUUUCUGGAACCAGCUGUUGCAUGUCCCCUUUAAACACUACCAAGUGAAUUGUUCUGACUGGCUGUUAAAAGUGAUCUGUGGUGUGGUGGAUAUUCGUACCCUUUAUGCUUCACAUAAGAAAGCAAAAGCGUGUCUCAUCUCCCGGGUCAGCUGCGAACGAGCUGGUGCUCGGUUUCACAUCCGAGGAGUCAGUGAUGAUGGCCAUGUUUCUAACUUUGCUGAGACAGAGCAGACAAUCUAUUUGGACAAUGAUGUUUCUUCAUUUGUUCAAAUCAGAGGCUCUGUCCCAUUAUUUUGGGAGCAACCUGGAUUGCAGGUUGGCUCUCAUCAUUUGAAACUUACCAGAGGCCUAGAAGCUAAUGCUCCUGCAUUUGACAAGCAUAUGAUGCUUCUGAAGGAACAAUAUGGCAAACAAGUUAUUGUUAAUCUGCUAGGAAGCAGAGGAGGUGAGGAGGUCCUCAACAGGGCUUUCAAGAAGUUGCUAUGGGCAUCGUCCCAUGCAGCAGACACCCCCAUGAUUAAUUUUGAUUACCACCAGUUUGCAAAAGGUGGGAAAAUGGAGAAACUGGAAAAUUUGCUGGGGCCUCAGCUGAAGUUGCACUGGGACGAACUGGGCAUCUUCGUAAAAGGCAAGAAUACAAGUUCCCGUCAACAGAUGGGUACCUUACGAAUGAACUGCCUGGAUUGUCUGGAUCGAACUAACACCGUUCAGUCCUUCAUAGCGCUUGAGGUUCUGCUUAUUCAACUAGAGAGCCUGGGAUUAAACUCCAAGCCUAUAGUAGAACGUUUUCUGGAGUCCUAUAAGGCAAUGUGGCACAUCAAUGGACACAACUUGAGUAGGAUCUUUACAGGCAGUCGUGCCUUGGAAGGAAAAGCUAAGGUAGGGAAACUCAAGGAUGGUGCCCGUUCAGUGUCACGGACCAUUCAGUCCAACUUUUUUGAUGGCAUAAAACAGGAAGCCAUUAAUUUGCUGCUUUUGGGUGAUUUCUACAGUGAAGACUAUGCAGAUAGAGAGAGAAUGCUCUUGGACCACACGGCAUUGCUGAUGACUCCUAGCACUUUGAAAUCCAUGUCAGAGCGUCAGUUUGAAUUUACAAAAGUCAAGAGAAUUCGUGUUGCCGUGGGGACCUGGAAUGUGAAUGGAGGCAAACAGUUUAAGAGCAAUAUCCUUGGUACCAGUGAGUUAACAGACUGGUUACUGGACUCUCCAAAACUCUCUGGGGUUUCAGAGUUUCAAGAUGACUACUGUCCUGCUGACAUAUUUGCUGUAGGAUUUGAAGAGAUGGUGGAAUUAAAUGCUGGGAAUAUUGUGAAUGCUAGCACAACUAACAGGAAGAUGUGGGGAGAACAACUUCAAAAGGCUCUUUCCAGAACACAUAGAUAUAUUCUGUUAACAUCUGCACAGCUUGUUGGGGUUUGCCUCUUCAUCUAUGUACGACCUCAUCACGUCCCCUUUAUCAGGGAAGUAGCAGUGGACACCGUGAAGACUGGAAUGGGAGGGAAGACUGGAAAUAAAGGAGCAGUUAGCAUCCGUUUCCAGUUCCAUAGCACCAGUUUGUGCUUUAUAUGUAGUCAUUUGACAGCUGGUCAGUCUCAGGUGAAAGAACGGAAUGAAGACUAUAAAGAGAUCACCCAGAAACUGAGUUUUCCAAUGGGAAGAAGUAUGUUUUCUCAUGACUACGUGUUCUGGUGUGGUGAUUUUAACUAUCGCAUUGACUUGACUUACGAAGAAGUAUUUUAUUUUCUCAAACGACAAGAUUGGAGGACACUCCUGGAAUUUGAUCAACUGCAGCAGCAGAAAUCCAGUGGAAAAAUCUUUAAGGAUUUUCAUGAAGGAACAAUUAAUUUUGGUCCAACCUAUAAAUACGACGUGGGUUCAGAGGCUUAUGAUACAAGUGAUAAAUGUAGAACUCCAGCCUGGACUGACAGAGUUCUUUGGUGGAGAAAGAAGCUUCCUAUUGAUAGAACAGCUGGAGAAUUCAGUCUUCUUGACAAUGAUUUCAGUGCAGAAACCAAAGUCAGACCCAUUUGGUCUCCUGGUGCCCUGAUGUAUUAUGGAAGAGCUGAGCUCCAAGCAAGUGAUCACAGACCUGUCUUAGCUAUUGUGGAAGUGGAAAUCCAAGAAGUUGAUGUAGGUGCUCGUGAAAGUGUUCUUCAAGAAGUGUCCUCUUUUCAAGGACCUCUGGAUGCUACGGUAGUGGUGACUUUGUUGGCACCAGCCCCUGAAGAAAAGGAUGAAUUUCCUGAGGACUUGCGUACUGAGCUAAUGCAAAUCUUUGAGACUUACGGCAUCGUUGUGCUGGUCAGGAUCAAUGGAGGUCAAAUGCUGGUUACAUUUGCAGAGAGCAGGUCUGCUCUUCAUGUACUUGAUGUAGAUGGCAUCAAGAUCAAUGGCAAGACUGUAAAGAUUUGGCCUAAGACCAAAGACUGGCUGAAGGGUCUCCAGGAGGAAAUUGCUAGGAAACGAGACAGCAUCGCCCCCAUGUCACCCACGGCAAACUCCUGCCUACUGGAGGAAAAUUUUGAUUUCUCGUGUUUAGAUUAUGAAUCAGAAGGUGAUAUCCUAGAUGAUGAGGAUGAUUAUUUGGAUGACAUAUUGCCUCAGUUAGCUCUUGCAACAGAAAUGCCAUUAGCCGUGGAAGAGUUGUUGGAUGGGCCUGAAUAUUUGACAGCGGCAUCCACAGAACAUGCAAACAAAUCUCACUUUGCUGGAAGGAAGUUGCAUUCACAGAAAGAUGAUACUGAUCUGGCUGAACUAAAACCAGAGCUAGAAGGAAAUGGGGAGCCUUGUCGUCGUUCCCCUAGCAGGUCUCUCUCUGUCCCUGGGAGGCCUCGCCAGCCUCAUCCUCCACAGCGGCCUCCUCCUCCAGCUCCAGUAUCUGUUAAAAAAUCCCCAUCAGAUGGAUCUAUUGCUUCAUCAGGCCACUCCCUGUCGUCCAUCCUGCAGACUGCAAAGCUUCUUCCAGGGGCACCGCAGCAACCACCAAAAUCACGGACUGGUAUCAGUAAGCCAUAUAAUGUCAAGCAGAUCAAAACCACCACCCCUCAGGAAGCGGAGGAAGCCAUUCGGUGUUUGUUGCAAGCAAAAGGAGUGACACCAGAGGAAGUGCUGGCACCCAUUCCAGUAAGAACGCAAACUGCCAUAAAGCCUGAGACUUUCCUCAGUGUUCCAAAAGCAGCACCACUUCAAAACCUGCAACCAGCCCCAGCGUUCAUACCUCAGCGACCGCCACCAAAAGUUCCAGCCACUAAGAAACCAGUACCCUUGCAGAGGAUAGGAGGGAAGCCACCCCUGUCUCCAGAAGAGCCACUUGAACCAUCAACAGGUCACCUCUCCUUCGCGUUGCCAGAAUUUUGCCCUGAAGCUGGAACUGUUACUAGUCCUACAAGGGCCACGCCUGUUCCAAAGCCAAGAACAAUGACCCCUGGCAAAAUCCUCGAGAGGAGGAAGAGCACAGAAAGGCAGCCAGCUGCACUUUGUCUUUUCGAGGAAAGUUCUAACAUUCCUUCUCAGAACUCUACCUACACUCCAAGAGUUCCGCCAAGGAGAAAGAAGUCUGCUCCUGCUGAUUUUCACCUGCAUGUACUCCAGAGCAGUGACAGCCUAUUUCUUAAGGGUUUAACUUUUAAUUCCAAUAAUAACAACAGUCCAUCAGAACUCUGUUCUGUAAUACAGGAUUCUGAUGCCUUGCCACUUUCUCCUGGUGAGUCCUCUUUUCCAGCAACAGCAGUCAUGGCUAGCUCAGAAGGCAAGAGCUCUAAGCUCUUGAAGCCCACUGCUUCAGAGUUAACUGGUGGCCAGCAAGCGCCUCCACUCUCUCACAACCAGCAACAGCAGCUUUCAGACAGUGCUCAUCUUAUGGGAAACACUACCAGUCUGUUAGACCUGGAAGUUGACUUUGCUGCGUAUCAGCCAGUGACUCAGCCAUUGCCAGUAAACCCAGUGAAUGAUCCCAAAGAUUCAAAACCUUCCAGUCCAAGAGAUUUCAGUCACUGGGUUACAUUUGGUGAAGAUGGCAACAGUGACACUUUAUCUAAAAGUCCUGAUGAGCAGCUUGCUGUCAAGCAAAAUCAAAAUGCCUGUGUUGACAUGGGCUCCAAUUUACUAUGACCCCAUUUUCUUGUCUUUUCCUAUAACCACCUCAUCAUAAUACUGGCAGUCCCCGGGUUACAAACAAGUUCCAUUCCUGAGAAAGUAGAAACUCAUCUUUAAGUCAGAUCAUGUAUAGUCAGUCCUCUGCAUUCACAGGCGUUAAGGGUAUAGGACCCCCCGUGAAAGUGGAAAAACCACAAAUAUCUCUAGCCCUGCUGCACACCCAAACUCACCAGUGCCUCCUCUUUGCAACAAGGAAAUGCUGGAGAUUUUCCUCUCCAGAUGGGUGGGGCAGGAAGGCAUGCUUUGGAGGUCUUCCUCUCUAUCCUUUUGCAUCCUCCAUCUCUGAUGUUUUGGAGGCCCUCUCUAUGGUAAUUAUGAUUUUCUGCAGUAAUUUGUUUAAAUUAAAACCAUUAAUAAGACGUUAUGACAGUUUGUUCGUAAGUAUGGGUUGUUCUUAACUUGGACGUUUGUAACUCAGGGACUGGCUGUAAUGGAGUCCGUUUUAUUUUCAUUGUUUUGCUACUAGAAACAUUAAGUUCAGCAAGACAUGUAUGGUACAUUACACUCCUUCCACUGAAUUCUGAUUCAGCACAUAUAGUAAAUUCAGUGGCAACUGGGUUUUUUUGGGGGGGGUGUUUUUGUUUUGUUUUGUGUGUGGUUUUUUUUAACUUGUGCACAUUGUAACUAUUCCUGCUGUAAUUAUUCCAUGUUUGCACUUUGCUCAUUUUCUGUACUAGGGCUGGUUAUCCCAUAUUUUCUUUCAAUGAAAAUGGUAACACAGAGGAUUCUCUUAUUAUGCAUAGAAAAGUAGACAGACAAAAGGCUGAGGAAAUUUCUCUGGAAACUCAACACUUACUAGGAAGGAUGCCCUACCAACCAUAUUGGAACUUCUUUCUGAGUAAACAUGCUUAGGAUCACACUGCACUUCCUGGAAUUGUCAACCUCGACCCCUUUCAUGUUUUCUAAACAUCCACAAACUGAAGAAAAGAGUUUAAAAAUAUAUGCAGCUAUCUCAAUCUAACGAGCACUCUAUUUCAGUGUGAAGGAAAAAAAAGUAGCUAUUGAUUCUACAUGGAGGUAGUAGCAUGUAAGAAUGUGGAGGUUGAUGUAAAGCCUGAUUUAGAAAUGGUGUAGGAACCAAGUAUCAGGAAUUGCCAUUCAUACAGGAGGCCAGAAUAAUGCCUCAGCUAAGAGACAGAAAAUGCUGGCGAGUUCCUCACACCUGGUUUUCCUAAUAUAUCAAUCUGUUGCUGUUUUCUGUUGCAGUCAAGUUCUGUCUAACUUAGAAUGAGCAAGACCACAUUGUCUUAGGGCAAGAAAGGAAGAGAGCCAUAGGAAGAACAUAAAUAUAAAAUGUCAGAGGCAUGCAUGAGGGUCGUCUCUGAACCAGAGUUUCCAUGGCUUUCAGUCUUUUGGAACUACAGUCCCAAGAAUGGAACCCGCCCCAGUUUAAAGCAUUCAUUGGGGCUAUUGAUAACAUAAUGAUAUGGUUUGCACAAUGUAAGCUACCAAUGUACCUGAACCUGGUCCAAUUUCUACAAAGACGGCUUAUUUUUCACACACAAACCACUCUGAGAACUUGUGACUUAUUUUAGGAUUGUUAAUACUGCGGUGAUUUGUAUUUUUUGAUCCCAACAGGGGCAACUUUAUCAUGGGUUAUCAGAAACGGCUUUAGAGCCUUUUAGAGUGGCAAAACCCCAUUUCUCCUCAUGAUCUCACACACCAUCUUCAGCUUCCAUUGCCAGUAACUGUCCGUCUACUAAUGCCAUGAAAAGGGGUAGUGACUUGGAGCAUGGAGAAGGUAGCUGGGACCAGAAGUCAAGAUGGAUCUAGUCACAAAGGUGUCUGGGGUACAUGCUGAAACCAACAGGACAACUGAGGGGGAAUGAGAGGGAGAAAACACCACAGCUAACCCAAUUGUCUAUGAGGAAUAGUCUGGGUUGUUCAGUGACUCAUCAGACCACAGUGGCAUUUCACAGCAGGAUGUGCAAACACGCCCAGUAGUGUGCAUUAAAGGCAAAGUAAUUAAUUUAAAUACUUAACUAAAAAGGUACCAUACAAAUUCACCUGUUGGACCCACCCAGUGAACAUAUAGCAUCUGGUGUAUGUGCAAAAUCGGUAAUUUAUUUGGAGGGCUGAAUCACACUUGAUGAAAUGCAAAGAUAAUGUUUUAAUGUUAAUUGUUCCUAAAUAGUAACAUCAUAUUAAAUAGUAGGCCUGGUAACAUGUAUUUUGCAGUAUCCUUUUUGUAUUGAAGAUGUGAAUAAUAUUAAAAUUCUUUUUUUUUUUAAGAAAAGGA